AGUUAGAAUUCAAGCUAACCUUUGUGGGACAGUCGCUGUCAGCAUGUCCGCUGUCUGCUUAAAAAUCAUGACCAUCCUCUGUCUCUCCGGCACCGCCAUGAGUGACCCAGGUGGAGUGGUUUUGAAAGAGAUUGGAAGAGAUGUCACCAUCCAGUGCAGAACCCCACAAAAAGACCAAGAGAGCCUGGCUCUGAAAAAAGGUCUCAAUAUGUCUGAUGUUUUUUUCAACAGACAUGACUCGGAAAAAGUGACCAUUGCAAUGGAUUUCCAGGGCAGACUUCAGUACAACGGAUUGUUCCCCAACAUUGACAUCCUCAUCAAAAAUGUGACUUCUAAGGACACAAAUACGUACUGGUGCGUGUACAAUAAGUUUGGGAAACCGGUAAUCAAAAAUGGAGAAGGAUCUAUUUUACUGGUGGUGAGAGAACCUCGGACAGGCAGUUCGGUGCCGUGUGACCAAUCCAACAACAACAACAACAACAACAACAACCUGAUCCUGGUGUUGGUGGUGAUCGGUGCUGCGGUGCUGCUCGGCAUAAUCAUUUGCUUCCUCGUCUGGAUCAUCACCAAGACCAAGAGCCUGCGAUCCGCAAAGAAACCGAGAAGAGUCGCCACCAAUGAUGUGUACGAAGAAAUGCGAGGCACAAUCAGACGCUGAGGAUGUGAACCGGCACGCAAGCGAGCCAAAACUCCACAAUCUCUGCAGCACUGAGGCACAAGCGAUGCAAGUGAAGCAAAGUUGCAACCCUGCAUUCUCUCCAACACCUCUGCAAGCCUUCUGUGUGUCUGGCUGACAGUUAAAACAAUAAGUUCCAUGAAUUUGUUAAAGGAACAUCAGGGGAACAGCUGCACUGCCAGUAUACAUGUGGGCACAAUGUAUGUAUAAGACAGCUAUUUUGUUGUUGCACAAAUAUUACAGUGUCUAAUCUGUUUCAGUGGCAAGAACUCAGACCUGACCUGAUACGUAACCUUUGUUAUGCUGGAUUUCAGAUUUUUUAAAGUUGUUUUGUACAGAGUUGUUUUUUUGCAGAUGAUUUACUGUUUGAAUAAAGGCAGGGAUAAUGUGCCAUAUAAGAUAGAUACUAUGUAUUGUAAUAAUGGUAACUGUGAUGUUGCUUCUACAUAAAUAGAACAAUCAGGUGUGGAAUUAUGUCCAUUUGAGGAUUUUUUGAUUGUUGACAUUUGCAGUAUGCCAAGAUGAGCACUCCAGUGGUUUUGUGGUGCCUCACGAUAAUGCCAGCCGACACAAAGCACUUGUAAUACCUAACAUUUGUAAGGUAUUUUUAUUGUGUUGUAUGUCCCUUGAGAGGCCUGUUAUGAGGGAAUUAAAUGAAAGUCUAUGUGAUCUACAACAAAUUGCAGAUUUAAAAAAAAAAAAAA